CUCUCAUCCUCCCCCACCUAUCUCUUUCUCUCUUUCCAUCACACUCUGCUUUUCACUGUGUUUUCCCUCUCAAGAUUUCUGAAACAAAGCGAAAGUUCCUCCAUUGCAAUCAAAUCCGAGUCCACAUUCCAUUUUGACACUUGUUAAAAGGUCAUCAGAUCUUUUAAAGACUUCCGAAUGCUCCAGAGGGAGAAUCUUUGACAGCCACUUUUCUUUGCUAAACUCAAGACCAACAGCCCCAAACUUACCAAACAUAAAAGGGAUCAGCAUCAAUGUACCCUCCAUGAAGCUUUUAAUAGCAGCCCAAAUCUUGAAAAUCUUGAAAAUCCCACAAUUGGGUCUUCAAGAUUCUCGGUGAACAUUCUCGUACGAUUUUGUUUUUUUUUGUUUUUUGUCCUAUAAUGUCUUGGCAAAACCACAACUUGGAGGGAAAGACAGGGAGGGUGUGCAAGAUCAGAAAGCGAGGCUGUUCGUCGUCGUCGUCGUCUUCGUUGGUGCGUAAAUACCGAUUCAAGCGGGCGAUUCUGGUCGGGAAGCGAGGCGGGUCGAGCACGCAGGUGCCGACGUGGAAGACAAGCGCGAGAUCGAGAUCGAGAUCGCCUUCGUUGGCUAUGGAAAACGCAGAAUUUCCCAAGCUUCCGGCUUCUAAAGGUGGCGGUGGCAGAGGGAAGGAAGUGUCGGUGUCCGCGAGGAAACUGGCGGCCACCUUGUGGGAAAUCAACGAGGUUCCUUCCCUGCAAGAGAAGAAUCAUAAGAAAGAAGUUACAAGCCGAGAGAGAGCGGCUAAAUUGUCCCACCAGUUGUCAGAUCCAUGUCGUAGUCCUAUUUCAGAGAGGAUGGAGCGAUCUGGAGGAGGUAGUCAGCAGAGAAGAAUAUCCGCCAUUUCUCACAAGCUCCAGCUGACUGACUAUUGUUUGGCAGGAUUGGACUCCACCAGCCAUGCUAGUUUGAUCGAGAUGGAAAGCCAUUCUCUGGGGAAGACUCACCGUAAAUGUUCAGCUGGAAUCCAAACCCGUUUAAAAGAGGUCAGCAAUGGCCUAAACACAUCUAAGGAGCUUCUAAAAGUUCUGAAUCAUGUUUGGGGUCUUCAAGAGCAGACUUCAUCAGGAAUAUCGGUGCUCUCGGCCCUGCGAAUCGAGCUCGAUCGAGCACGCAACCAGGUGGACCAGUUGAUCCGCGAACAAAGGUCUAACCGUAAUGAGAUUGAGUACCUCAUGAAACAUUUUGCAGAAGAAAAGGCAGCCUGGAAGAUGAAGGAAAGAGAUAGGAUUCUUGAUGCCAUAGCAUGCAUGGCAGAAGAGCUUGAGGUUGAGAAGAAGCUAAGAAGACAGACAGAGAGAUUGAACAAGAAGCUUGGUAAAGAACUUGCAGAUACAAAAGCAUCCCUGUCGAAGGCAAUGAAGGAGGUUAAGAGGGAGAAGCGGGCAAGGGAGAUUUGUUUUCACUUGUAGUGUGUUCUUUGUAGCCUUCAUUAGAGGAAAAUCUUCAUUCUAAUUAAGUUGGAUGUUAAUCAAAGUCGUAUUUUAUGU